AUGACCUGCCAGCUUCUCCAGGAGAAGGCAGUGGGAGACUGUGUGAAAGCCUACGUAAGGCCAUGUCCACAGCCUAUCCAACCAGGUGGAUCACUGGUCACAGAAAGAGAUCAGGUGCCCGGGCAGCUGAGCUGGUGGCAGCUUGGAACUGAGAGGUUUAAUGGGAAACAGCUCCUGGGAAAACACACGUGUCUUGCCAGAGGCCCCGGAGAGAGGGAAGCGCUUGCGUUUUACAAUGAGCUCGCUGGUGCCGCACGAAACUCCGGUGCUCACGGCGCGCAACCCGCAACCCCGGCACGCCUCCACGCACCGAACCCAAACCUAACAUGGACCCCGGGCGGCUUCGCCCUCUCUUCCCCUCCCCGUUCCGGCAUGGCGGCGCGCUCCCCACCCCCGGCGGCUUCCCUUGCCCUUUCUCAACAUGGCAGCCUCCGGCUUCAGUCCGGGGGCGGGGCGGGCUCCUUCUCCGUUAAUAAAUGGCGGCGCAGGUCACGAGCGCCCCGCCCCUGCCAGGCCACUUCUAGGCUGCUGGUGAACUACCAAGAACCUUAUCGCACCCAGAUCCUAGACUAUCUAUUCAAGCCAAAUUUUGGUGCCUCUUUACAUAUCCUGAAAGUAGAGAUUGGAGGUGAUGGACAAUCGACAGAUGGAACUGAGCCCUCCCACAUGCAUUAUGAAAAUGAUGAGAACUACUUCCGGGGCUAUGAAUGGUGGCUGAUGAAAGAGGCGAAAAAGAGGAACCCUGAAAUUAAACUGAUUGGAUUACCAUGGACGUUUCCUGCAUGGAUAGGGAAGGGUGAGAACUGGCCCUAUGAUUAUCCAGAUGUUACUGUUUACUAUAUCGUUUCCUGGAUAUUAGGAGCUAAACAGUAUCAUGAUUUGGACAUUGAUUAUAUUGGGAUAUGGAAUGAAAGGUCAUUUAGUAGCAAGUAUAUCAAGCUGUUAAGAUACACGCUGGAUAAGCAUGGUCUGCAGCAGGUGAGGAUCGUAGCCAGCGAUAGGCUGUGGGAGCCCAUUUCCUUUGUCUUGCUGCUUGACCCUGAGCUCCACCGCGUGGUCGAUGUGAUUGGGGCUCACUAUCCUGGAACAGAAACGGUGCCAAAUGCUAUAUUAACUCAGAAGAAGCUGUGGUCUUCAGAAGAUUUUAGUACUUUCAACGAUGAAAUCGGUGCAGGCUGUUGGGCUCGGAUCCUGAACCAAAACUACGUGAACGGGAACAUGACCUCAACCAUUGCAUGGAAUUUAGUGGCCAGCUAUUAUGAAGAGCUGCCCUUUGGUCGCUGUGGGCUGAUGACAGCACAAGAACCCUGGAGUGGCCACUACAGAGUAGAAGCGCCUAUCUGGAUUACAGCACACACAACCCAAUUUACUCAACCUGGCUGGUCGUAUUUACAAGUGGAUGGACACUUAGAAGGAGGUGGCAGCUUUGUAGCUCUGACUGAUGGUCUGGGAAACCUUACAAUUAUCAUUGAAACCAUGAGUCAUAAUCACUCUCAGUGUAUCAGGCCUCUCCUGCCUCAUUUCAAUGUGUCACCUCAGAGAGCAACUUUCUACCUCAAAGGCUCUUUUUAUAUGUUGAAAACACUUCAGGUGUGGUAUUCUAGGCUUGGCUUUGAAUCUGUACAGUCUACUCUUUUCCAGCAACUCCAUCCUAUAAAGGUCUGGAGGGGAAGCUUUUCUUUAGAUCUAAAUGUGGAUGAAGUCUACACUCUAACCACGCUCAAGACAGGGAAAAAAUGCCUUUGCUCAGACCCACCGCCAUCUCAGCCCUUUCCUUCUAAUUACAAAGAUGACUUCAAUAUUCGUAAUCCACCUUUCAGCGAAGCUCCGAAUUUUGCGGAUCAGACAGGGGUAUUUGAGUACUUCAUAAACACUUCUGAUCCAGGAGAUCAUGUGUUCACUCUCCGCCAGGUGGUAGUUCAGCGACCCAUCACUUGGGCUUCUGAUGCAGAUCAAACCAUCAGUAUCAUAGGAAACUUUAAUUGGGAGAACUUCACAGUCACUUGUGACGUCUACAUAGAACAGCCGCGUGAUGGAGGGGUGUUUGUUGCAGGAAGAGUUGACAACGGGGGGAUUUAUGUUCGCAGCACCAAAGGGGUUUUCUUCUGGGUUUUUGCAGAUGGCACCUACAGAGUCACUGGUGACCUAGCUGGAGAGGAGAUACUGAUGAAAGGACUGUCUGGUGUCCGGGCCCAUGCGUGGCACACACUAACUCUCAACAUCCAGGGCACUUCUGCGUGGGGGCUGCUGAACGGUUACCCGCUGUGGGAGAACGUCACGGUCACCAAGCCGAGCAGCGGCUGGGCUGCGAUCGGGACGCGCUCCUUCGAGCUUGCCCAGUUUGACAACUUCCACGUUGAGGCCAGCUGAGGUGGCGCUUGUGUGGGGGGAACCCAGCUCUGAUUACUCUGGAUUAGAGCCCGCUCAAACUUUGAGGACAAUUUAAUGCUAUGUUGAGACUGAUCUGUUGGCAGGGAAUCCACAUUCUGUCCUUACUAUUUAUUAGAGGUUUACUGGAGGAGUAGGUGUCAACGUGACUGUAACUCCAUCCCCCUGAUUGUUCUGGGGUUUUUACUCUUCAAUUUUUAAGGUUUAAAUAUUCAAUUAUAGGUUUAAAUAUUUUUGAAUAGCAAGGUCUUAACUUCCUGAGCUUUUUAGAUAGCUUUAGAAGGACGAUGUGAUUUUUUAACACUUUCAUGAUUGUGUCCGUUCCUUUCACUCUCCAAGAAUUAAAUGCCAGUAAAGUCUAAUGAGCCUGUGGCCCCAUGAAGUUGUGGACUGUGGUUCUCAGAUUUCCUUUACACAAAGCACCUAUUCUUGUAUGUUUUUCUAGACUGCAGUUGGAGACUAGGCGAUGUAGUACUUCAAGUGCAUUUGAUGAUUUCUUCCAGUAUCAUAACUUGUGACCAAUCAGGCAAUGCAGGAUGUGCCUUAACUUCAAGCUACCUCUUCUGGAAUGAAAGGAUUGAAACGAGUUGUUUAGCUUGCACUCCUUGUGUUUUUCUUUGCACAAUGUAAAGGAUAAACUUUUGUGACGCUGUCAUCAACUCAUACCUGCUGACAAGCAGAGCUCUUACAUUUAUGUCAGAUCACAUGUGAAAAAUUAGCCUUUUGUUCCUAAAGCUGCAGCCGAUCCUCUUUCACCUGAGAUGGAACUUACCUUAGAGCAAAAAAUAAUUAAAGCACAACUGUGUGCAAUUUGUUUUUUUUGUUUUUUUGUUUGCCCUUAAGAACUUGCCAUCUAUCCUUGUUCAGAUUUUUGCUAGGCCUUACCAGAGGAGGCCUAGAAGGAAUUUCAGAUCCUAGGAUCCUAGGGAAAAAGAUGACUGGGAGACUGAUUCCACUGUUCUGUGCCUCACUUAAUUGGUUUUCCAAGGUAUGAAAAAAAAUACCUUAAAUGUAAUGAAAAAUAAUGAGCCCUGAAAAGGCUUUUAUUACCCUUUUACCAAAUUCCGUUGGUUUCUGAAUUUAUUUUACUGUUUUUCUGUUGGUCAGUUUGAGUGAAGAGGAUGGACAUCUUUUGCCAUUGCAAGACAUCCCUCCUGUGUCUCUCACUUCACUUAGAGCUCCAGUUUCAGACUUGGUAGGGCACUCCGACCUGUAUGAAGCUUUCAGUAGCAGGCAAUAUCUUAUCUUGAGAAGCAUAUUUGCAGUAUAUCUUGAUUUAUACUGACAUUACUCCGAUUCACAUUGUUUUGAAGACUGAUUCCUGUAAGCAUUAACUUCAGUAUCUGUUAAUCUAAGAUAGAUUUAAUAUAAUCAGAAUUAUUGGAAAAUUAUUAUAAAGGUUAUUUUUCAAAUUGUCUUUGGGAGAAGAGAUCUCGAAAUUCCAUACUGGAGAGAGAUGAAUGAUUUCCCCCCUCCUAGCAAUUACACUGCGAGCCCUAUUGAUUGAUAAUGGAUCUUUACAUAUAAAGCUGUAUAGCUCCAUGUAAAGCUGCCAUGCCUAUAUGGUACUAACCUUGAACAACAGUCUACAACACUAAACUUUAAAACUCUUGUUUAAAAAAAUAAAAGGUUCUGAAUAUUAAGCCGUUACCUGUUGAACUGGGUGGGAAAUGAAAGCCAAUUUUCUGCUUCAGUUUCACCCUGGCAUUUGAUGUGUGGAUGCAGGUCUGUUGGUUACCUUUUUAGCUUCAGAAGGGACAUCCAGAUGGGGAAGUCCAGAUGUGAAGGAAUCAGAUUUUAGGCCCUCAUUUUAAAAUAGUAUAAAUACAAGAGAAAAUUCUCCAAAAUAAACUGUUUUUAGGUGGGAUACAUUUGCUCAGUAGGAGAUCUCUUGAAGACUUGGUAGCUUUUGUGGACUGUAAACUGUCUGUGUAAGGGAUUAACACUGGUACAAGUACUCCAAAGGAGAGGUCCAGCUCCUUACCU